CUGACCACAAAUAUAUCUACAGAUAACUUUUGACAAAAUUCCCCAAAAAACGCUGCAUUUGUGGAGCCAUCGACUGCCUCCAACCUCAUCAACAAUAAAAACCUUCAUUUCACCACCGUGAUCGCUGUUGCUUUUCUAUUCUUGAUGUGUUCCUGACUGCCCCGCCUUAUUUCCACCACCGAGCCUUGCACGGAAAACUGACCCGUUGCAUUUCCUCACUUUGCGCCAUUACGUCCCCCCUUCUGUCACACUUCUUUCUCGGCUUCCCAGUUAUAUUUGACGAAUAGACUUGUUCUAUCCUCAGCAAUCAGCAUGCCUUGGAAAGCCUUCCGCAAGGACCUUUCCGAUGCGUGCCUCCGAGCGAGGUUUCCCCAUCUGAGCCACCUCAGGCUCGGUGACGAAGACAGUACCAUUGCCUUUACCUACAGCUUCCAGUCCUGCAUGCACAUUGAAUUCAUUGUCUCCAUUCUCGAUGCCACUGAAUACCCCGAUGAUCACAGUUAUUUUGCGUUCGCUGUCACGGACAAUAUCCCCCCCGCCGUGUCCUCCCUUCUGGAGACAGUACAAACCAAGUUCAAUGGUUGUUCCUUGGAAAUAUUUCUAGAAGGCUUUUGUGAUUAUCUUGACCAGGCUGCCCUUGGGAAAGAACCGCGUGCGAGUUCCCCAGUAGAUGACGACUUCGACGCCAUCUCAGAUGAUGAAGAUAUGGCCUGGGAUGAGUACUCUGAUGCCCCACGGAUGGACCAUUCCGUGGAUAUGAAGCAACUGCGGACUGAUCUUCGAGCAGCUAAAAGCGCAGGCUUCAAAGUCGGCUAUCUUGGUGACCUGGAGGGCUCUUUCAUUGUGUCUGUUUCCUGCCGCAUUGCUAGCCUAGGCAUUUCACAAGACGCUAUGCAAAUGUGGAAUGUCUGCCCCAAGCAUUUUAUAGUGCUGCUUCUCUAUUAUCCAUGGGGUUACCGGAGCCUAGACCACAUUGUAUCCCAGUCACAGACAGCUCCUUCGCCAGUCAAGAUGUUUGUCGGUCUUUGCGAUAGGUACAAGCCCACGACAAUGUCUAUCCCAGAGACCCACCAGGAGAUCUCGAGCCCCGGUGUAUCAAGCUCGAUGCCCAAGUCGGCUUUAAUAUCUUCGUUCAUUACUGACCCGUUAGAGACCCUUCUCAAUGAUCGGUUCGUUAGUAUUGUACAAGAUCGACUCAGACACGGGUUCUCAUGGACAGGCGCAGAAUUAUUCUACAAUGACGCUCAGGGUAAGAAGCUAGAUCCCGAGGAUGCCAAGCUUCCCAAAUACUUUGUUCCGGAGAAAUGGGCUAGGUUCACACCCGGUUUCGUCAAAGCAGAUGAUCUGCCACAGCACACGGCACAUCAGCUAUCUCUUCCUCUCAUUGCCAUGCAAUAUAGCCUGCGCCGUUUUGUCAAGUGCACGGAAUUCUGUCUGAACUGCCAUUGCAAAAUAGACACCGGUUUUGAGGCCCUGAAGCCAUAUGUUUGUUCCAGUCCGUUAUGUCUAUAUCAAUAUAUGCAGCUCGGGAUGGGUCCCAAGCUGGAAUGGGAGAUAGUCACACAGCCGUAUGUCGUCGACAUGCUCGUGAGCUUUGCUUAUGCUCGGGCUGCGCAGGGGCAACUGACUGAUCUUCCGUCUGGACUUGGCAUGAAGGUUGCUUGUGGCGCCUCUACUGGAUCGAGUCCGCCAUCAUGCACUGCGAGACUGGAUCCUGCCAAUAUGACAUUGAUGGCCCGAGGGCCUCAUAAUCUAAAAGUUGGUGAAUGGAUUCUAUUGAAGCCAGGCAAUGUGUCUGAUUCUUCAUCGUACUUUCCAUCGCUCUGCAGUACUGUGCUCCAAGUGCAUGACCAGUCGCUUAUCGAGAUUUCGCAGCCUAUCUCGGUAGGUUAUCUGGCCGGCCAACAAGACUCGCCUCCAGUCGGGCAAGACGUGCAAAUUGUGCCAUUUCAUCUUGAAUUUGAUAGCUUGAGUAAUGAGCUGAAACAGAAAGCAGUCAUGCUACUCCUCGACACACUACCUGAUGUCUUCUCCAUGAAAAAGUUCAUCGAGAGCAGUACGCCUGAACACAGACCCCUCGCCUUAUGGCAUGAUCAAAUUUGCCCAUCAGCUCUAUAUGUACUACGGUGGAUUCUUGCUUCAAAUAGAUCAUGCAUCGUAUACGAUGAUGACCCUGAACACCAGGUGACAGGGAUGCACAACUACAUGCAGUUCAGGCUAGCGCAAGGCUCUCCAGACAAAGAAGCUCGGUUUGUCCAGGAACUCAACAACAGCUCAAGCAAGGAGUUCCCCACGCUUUUCGCUUGGCACGGAAGUCCACUUUAUAAUUGGCACAGCAUAUUGAGAGAAGGUCUAAACUUUGAUCGACUGUUGAAUGGCCGUGCUUAUGGAGAUGGUGUUUAUAUGGCGAGCGAUCUUCACACUUCUCUCGCAUACUGCUGUCGUGGUGGUAUUUCUGGAGGCAAGUGGUCAAGAAGCCAGUUAGACAUCACUUCUGCUAUCUCGCUAAAUGAAGUUGUCAAUUCACCGGGAAAGUUUCGGAAUAAAAACCCAUAUGUGGUUCCUCAACUAGACUGGAUUCAGUCGCGGUACCUGUUUAUCUCAGGCGAUGGUUUCAAAGCUCGGGGAGAAAACAAGAGCAAACCCUCCAGGGUUUACGAACAGGACCCGGCUUGGACGGCGCGCGGCCCAGAUUUUCAGCCUGUUUCCAUUCCUAUAUCGGCCCUUGGCACUCGACAGGGCCAGAGCCACAAGAACAAAAAUGAAGCCGAUGGACAAGCCACAGAUAAUAGACAAAAAAAAAGGAAAUCAUCUGCAAAAGGGCUAUCUGGUCUGUCUGAGAGCUCAUCGACAACUGAUUCCAACGAUGAUACGGAGGUUGAGGAUCUUCGCUUACUUGAUUCGGAUUCGGAUGACGAUGUCAUCGGAAAAUCAAGACGCAUUGAUGCAUCAAAGUCCAAUCACAAUCUGAGACGCGGGUCCAAAACCGACUUCCAGCCCGGAACUUUGCAAGCUCAUUCCUUCAAGCUCCUCGGACCGCCAAGCUACGCGACCACAGCCGCAACCAAGUCACUACAGCGUCAUCUCAAGACAACAUUGCGCAUUCAGGACCGAGAGCCCCUACAUGAGAUCGGCUGGUAUGUGGACCCCACACUUAUCAACAACGUCUAUCAAUGGAUCGUCGAGUUCCACAGCUUCGAUCCCUCUCUUCCUUUGGCACAGGAUCUCAAGCAAAAAGGUCUCAAGAGCGUCGUUAUGGAAAUACGCUUUCCGCCUCAGUUUCCAAUGUCUCCGCCUUUUGUCCGUGUCGUUCGACCCCGAUUUAUCUCUUUCCAACAACGCGGUGGUGGCCAUGUGACCGCUGGUGGCGCCAUGUGCAUGGAGCUGCUCACCAGCUCAGGCUGGCUUCCUACGAGCUCCAUAGACAGUGUAUUUCUGCAGGUGCGUAUGGCCCUUUGUUCAACAGAGCCAUGGCCUGCACGCGUUGAACGAGAUGGCGAAUAUCCGUUUAGUGAAGCUGUGAGUGCCUACAGGCGAGCUUGUCAAGCACAUGGAUGGAAGAUCCCAGAUGACUUCAAUCGCAUCGAGGCGUCAUGAUUUCGUCCGUUGAUUAUGGUUUUUAACAAUAUUUUGUCAGUGUGUGACUACACCUAAGGCUGCAACAUUCUGCGCCAAGUUCAUUGUUUGAAAGCGUUCAUCACGGUGUCACAAUAAUUUGAAAGCAUUCAGUUAUCA